AUGGAUAAAGCAGGAAUGUCAAGGCUACUACAAUUGCAAGAAUUAGAGGAGUUGCGAUUAGAUGCAUAUGAGAAUUCGAGAAUUUACAAAGAGAAGUCCAAAUUACUCCACGACAAUACUCUUAUAAGGAAACAAUUUAAGAUUGGUCAAAAAGUAUUAUUAUAUAAUUCUCGAUUAAAGCUUAUGCCUGGUAAGUUUCGUUCUCGAUGGCUCGGUCCAUUUGUUGUUACUAAUGUAUUUUCCUAUGGUGCAGUGGAAAUUAGAAGCUUGGAUUUGAACAAAAUUUUCCAAGUAAAUGGUCAUAGAUUGAAAAUAUUCCAAGAUGGCGAAAUAGUUCCAUAUCUCGAUAAUUUUCCCCUAGAUUACCCCACUUACCCAAACGACUAA